AUGGGCACCAACUCACCAACCACCCGGAGCUCGUCGCCGGCUUCCUUUUACACGGCAAAUGACUCCGAGGCGCACCGGUCGACGACGGCCAGCAGUCCUGCUCAGGCAACUCCCUGUCCCUACCGUGAGGCGCGACAGCUACCCCGCCAGCUCAAGGAUCACUGCCAGAUCUUCCUCGAGGAACAGAUUUAUACGUGUGCCAUCAAUCUGCUCAACAGCACGCUAGGCUCCGGCCUCUCCCGGGAAACGCCGACGCGUAAAGCUGUGCCAGUGCCGCCUCCGAGCCACAUCGCCUUGCUGGCCACGCUGGUUGUUCACCCGCUGCACACGACGCGUGCGGACAAUCCAGACCACCUCAUCGUAUCCUCCCUUGCGCUCGAUUACCUGCGCAACCUCCUGACCAUCGCCGGUCCCAUCAACGCCGGUUUCCGCGCCGCCUUCCAGUUCUACUCGACCCCGAGACGGAGUCGCCGGCCCGCUCAUACUGGCCAUGCCAGUGACAGCGACAUGUCCGAUGGCGACUCGGACCGCGAUCUCGACCUCGUGCGCGGUAGAAUGGCAAACGAGGCGAGCGUCUGGAGCCGAGGCCAGGACCUGUGGUCCACGGUCGGCUGGACUUUCAACACGGCGACUGUGCAUCCGCACCGGUGGCGCUAUUGGAAGGCCUGGCUCGAGCUCUUGCUCGAUGUCCUCGAUGCCGACUGGGCCGAGAGAGAGAGGCUCGAUCACGAGGCCCACGAGGCCGGCGGCAAGCGCGGAGACGAACCCGUCACCUCGCGCGCGGAAUCCAUGAUUUACAUGUACAUGGAGCAGCGCGACGGCCGUCAGACGGGACACAAGCGAAUCAUAAAGGCACUCUUCGCCGACGGGGGAAGCCUGUCCUCAUCUGCCUUUCCCGAGGUGUUUGAGAAGGAGCCCAGGGGGCCGAAGAAGGCGUCGAGGAAACGGAAACGGGAGCAAGCCCUCGACCUAGUAAACGACAAGUUUGGCGACUACUUUGACGAUGACUCAAUUUCCUCGGGCAUCUCUGAGCCUCCGACGCCGGAAAAACGCCGCGACGGGAGAAAGGAAGUAUCGUUUGGCUGCUCGAAUCCCGGGCUGGUCGAAUCUGUCCAUCUCCGACUGAGGUUCUUCCGGCUUCUUUCGGCUGCCACCUAUGUCCUUGGCAAACGGUCGGAUCUCAAUAAGCUGUACGAAGACUUUGCCGCAGCUAUAAAGGUGCUCCCUCUGCAGAUGUUUGCUCUGUUUGUGUCGCAAAGGGAUAAUCCACUACUGCGCGAAACCCACGUCACCAUCACCAAGGAGCUCUUCCACCUACUGCUACCCUCGAGGUACAAGGACCCCAGAAGCGUGGACCCGGAAGGCGACGCCCUGGGCAGCCUGACCAUGCCCAUGCUGGAGCACUGCUACAUGUCAUCGCCGGCCAACACGGUUGGCCUAGAGGACAAUGCGAAGCUGUCUCUGGUGGUCGAGAACGCGAUGCACCUGCUGUGGAUCUGCGACGUGGUCGCGUAUACGGACAGCUUCGCCAAAGCGGCCGAGAGGGGCAUCGAGGCGCGGGAGGUAAAGGCCAAGAAGAGGCGAACGGGCAAGAUGCGCGCCGACGCCGGCGAUGUCGUGGCGCAAGCCGUCCUGGCGGGCUCUGCCCAGAGAAUACGCGUUUUGUUACAGUUGCUGGAGGCGUCGGCUGAUGCGGAGGAGUGA